UGUCAAGUGAGAAUCCGCAUUUAUUUUCUAUUUUGUGCUACAAUCUCAACCAUCAGCUCUCAAAGUUGUUAUCUCUCUUGCGCGUUUUUAUAUGCCCGAGUAUAAAGAGAGUCACAGCUAAAUUGGUGAUCUGGCACUCAUGAUUCGACCUGUACAGGCCCAUGCGGCCGGUCCAGGUCAAAUCAUGAGUUGCAGACCCUCAAUUUAGCUAUGACUUUCUUUAUAUUCGCUACAAACGUUGUUUUCCCAGUUUUCGACUUCAUCAAAGCUAUUUUCCAAAUAUUUUCUUAAAAUGUGUUUAUGGAUUGGUAAUUCAGCUACCAAUCCCUCAUCUGGAUAUACAUACCUCAAUCCAGCAAGCCUUAAUCAAUGGAGAAACAGGCCGCCAACAGCGAGCUCGAUACAUCACCACAGCGGGUUCGCUACAUUAUCACAGCGGGUUCGCUACAUCAUCACAGCGGGUUCGAUACAUCAAGAAAGGGAUUGCGUCGUCAUACCAUCUCUUGUCGGAUGAUUUUCAGGCGGGCAAUGGCCAUUAUGGGCUCCAAUUGUUUCUUGGUCUUCUUCGCUUUGCGAAAAAAAAAACCAGCCAUUGGUCCCAAGGAAUGCCAUCUUUUGCAGGAGUUCCGUAGGACUGCCCGUACCAUGACUCUUUUUCCGCCGCCGUAUCUUGAUGUAUGUAUCCGCUGCGGCAAGUAGAUUCGCUUUGUUGCCGAAUGAGUGCUCCGAUAUACUCAAUAUAGCCCCGGACUCGCCCUCUGCCGCCACCUACUUGAACCGCAAGUUCAUGUGGCACAUAUUCGGAGAGUCCGGGACUACGCCUCACUCUUGGUUGUAAUGGAUUCUUCCACUACCCAAUAGUGAGGUCGUCUUGAGCACCAUGAUGGCAAUUUUUGUUUUCCCUCUGCGCAGGUGUAAGCUCGUUUUCCUGAGAGUGCAGAGGGACAUCUCUCAGCGAGCAAAAUAGUAAGAGGCUGUCUUCGGUAAGCGACUUUGUGGCUCGAGACCCCGAUCUCUCAAACACCAGCGAACAAGCGCUAGUAUUUUAACAAGCAUCACACUCAUACGAUUCCAGAGGGUGAAGGCGAGAAAGUCAGCCCGGCAAUGGGGCCAC